AGGGACCCCGGCGCCGGGGCCUCCGCGAGGGGCUGGAAGGAGAGGGAGAGGCUAAUGGGCUGUAGUUUCUCUCCGCGGUCAUGUGGCUCUUUCCCUCUUGGCAUGGAAACUCCGGGUUGCUCCGACUCUGGAAGAUUUUGAUGGGUGUUUACCUUUCGGUGUUAAAGAGAGAAAAGACCUUGCCCGAUUUUAAGCCUCUUUAGUAGGAUGUGGGGGACUUGCUGUUGGAAUUUUCCUGACUAGGCCCGUGGCUGUCCCACAAGGGGGUCUGAGCCAGAAUCUUCACACAUUUAUGUGCAACCAUUUUUCACCGGGUUUCUUUCUGCUCUGAUUUCUUCUUACUACCCUGAGUAGAUAUUAGGAGAGUGAUGUUGAAGGAUUUUCCAGAGCAACCGUUUCUUUUGGAAUAUACCUUUUAAAGUCUGACUUUGACACUAACAUAGAGGGCUUUUACUUUAAAUAUAAAAGUAGUUGAAAACGUCAUUCUGCAGAAAAGAGUACUCAUUUCUACUUACAAUUAAGUAAAGAUCUGCUUUUGCUAAAGCUGGGCCAGGCUGAGAAAAUACUGCCUUGAAUUUUGCAUGCAAGUCUAGAUUUCUCCAAGGUAUUGUUUUUUUUAUUUUGGCCUGUAACACUCUUUGUAGCGAUAGAAGUUUGAUAGCUACAGUUUUCAUGUCUCAUUUUCCAGUGAGUAGGCUUUCAGGAUGUGCCCCAACAGUGAAUUGUACUCUUGCUGAAUGUACAAUUAAAAUGAGCUUGAAAUUUGUGUAGUCAACAUGUAAAUUAUUAAGAAGAAUUUGUGUCUGAACCAUAUGCUAGCUGUACUAGGAGUUAAUGUAUGCAUAAAUAUGCACAUUUGAAAUAGUUUCUGGACAAAGCGCUGUGAUUUGGUAAAGAAUCUUUAAUCCCUUCCUAUCUAUUUGAGGAUCAUUAAUUGUAAAAUACUAGGAAGUGGGUAUAGAAAUGAAAGCAUUGCUGUGAUCCUCUAUUUAAAAUGAUAUCCUGUACCACUGCCCCCUCCGUAAGAUAUAUGGCCCCCUACAGUGACCCUGCCCACUUUUUGUUUUCCUCUGUCCACUUUGCCUUGCCCUCCUCCAAAGUCAGGAGUGGGCAGCCACAUUUCUUAAUGAGAUCAGUUUCGUUUUAGAUGAUGGAGGGAUGUGUUGGAGGGUUGAUGGAGCCUGUCUGAGGAGGCAGAGGUCUCUGCUCCUUGCCAAGGGAACUCAGCAUUUAGCCAGAGAAGUGGUUUUUCUCACUGAAAUUUCUUACCUACAGUCAAUUCAUAAACGACUUGCCAGGAUAAAGAACAGGUCUUUUGGAGUUUUGUUGACUGUUCAACAUCAUCAAAGCUCUUUUUAUACUUUCAUUGUUUGUUUUAUUCGUAGCACUUUUUGAGGUUCCCAGUAAAGGUGGAAAUCAUGUCAGUCUUGAACCUUUGGAAUUAUCUUUAUCUUUUCCUUCAUUUCCUUCAGCCUCUGUAUCAAUGAGUCACCAAGACCUUUGAAAUGUGAUUUGUUCAGAUCCCUCCCUCCAUGUUGUUAUCCAGAACCUCACCCUUCCUCUCCUGCAGACUGGAGCAGUCACUUAACUGGCAGUCCAAGCAAGCCUGGCUCUUAGCAGAAGACUGAUCUUUGAAAAUAUGUAUUUGGGAGAUAGUCACGUUCUGUUGAAUACCUUGUGCUGGUGCUGCCAUCGAAAAAUCUGGUUACACUCCGGGGAGGCCUGCUGCCUCUGCAGGACUGCACCGCCUCGGCCCUGAGAUGAGUGUCCGGCCUGAGCGGGCACACCAUGAAUAGAUACACAACGAUCAAGCAACUUGGGGAUGGAACCUAUGGUUCCGUCCUACUGGGACGAAGCAUUGAGUCUGGGGAGCUGAUUGCUAUUAAAAA